UGUUAAUAUAUUAUCCACCACUAGCUAGUGGAUAACCCAUCCUCAUGUCUAAGAUCAUGUCACCUACGCUUCACCACUUAUCUUCUCUCUUCAUCCUAUUAAUACUUCUCCCACACCCCUCCAACGCUGACGUCGGCACCGCUUCCCGUUACUCUCCCCCCUAUUUACCAUCGGGUUGUUACGGCACCGAGGCGUCGCAGUUUCCGUCGAGCAACCUGUUUGCGGCGGCCGGAGAUGGAAUAUGGGACAAUGGGGCGGCCUGUGGCAGGCAGUACUUGGUGAGGUGCAUAAGUGCCGAGCAGCCCAGGACUUGCAUUCCUGACCAGAGCAUUCAGAUCAAGAUUGUUGAUUACGCCGCCACUGCGGUGUCGCAGCCCUCCGCCACCGGCACCACCAUCGUUCUCUCCGACAAGGCUUUCGGGACUAUUGCUAAUACAUCGGCCACCUUGGUCAACAUUGAAUUCCAACAGGUAUGAUAUCCGGUAGAAAUUAAUUGGUGUUUGGGAAGGAAGUUGCAUCCGGAAGUUACCUUGGACUUGAUUUGUGUUUGGAGCGAUUGAGGAAUUCGACUGUUGUUGUUGUUGUUAUUUUGAAUAAGAGUGUGUGUGUUGUUUGUUU